AAAUCAGCUGCCCUUUGAUCCUGCCAAUAACAACAAACCUCUGCAGUUCAGUAAUGCAGCUGGCCCUCGGGUGUCAGAAAGCCCAGCUGAGAAUGGAGGUGACCCAAGCAAGAAGAGAAAGAGAGCAAACAUUCCUCCAGAUGGUAGCAGAAAUCUAAGCCUGGACUCCAUUCCGAUGGGCUUGCCGAUGUCGGACCCGACUGCCUGGGCCACUGCGAUGAACAACCUUGGGAUGGCUCCUAUGGGAAUGACAGGACAGCCGCUUCUGCCUGAUUUUGAUCCUGCCCUUGGCAUGAUGACUGGAAUCCCUCCAAUCAACCCCAUGAUGCCAGGCCUUGGGAUCGUCCCACCUCCCAUCCCCCCGGACAUGCCUGCUGUGAAGGAGAUCAUUCACUGCAAAAGCUGCACUCUCUUUCCACCUAACCCACAUCUUCCUCCUCCAGCAACAAGAGAGAGGCCUCCUGGGUGUAAGACCGUGUUUGUGGGAGGACUGCCAGAAAAUGGAACUGAACAGAUCAUCAUGGAGGUUUUUGAACAAUGUGGGGAAGUUAUAGCUAUUCGGAAGAGUAAAAAGAAUUUCUGUCACAUUCGCUUUGCUGAGGAGUUCAUGGUGGAUAAGGCGCUUUAUCUCUCUGGUUAUCGGAUCAGGCUAGGCUCCAGCACGGACAAAAAGGAUACCGGGCGCCUGCACGUGGAUUUUGCUCAGGCUCGCGACGAUCUCUACGAGUGGGAAUGCAAGCAGCGGAUGCUGGCGCGGGAGGAACGCCAUCGCCGCCGGCUGGAGGAGGAGAGGUUCCGCCCUCCGUCCCCACCUCCCGUCGUCCAUUACUCCGAUCACGAAUGCAGCAUCGUUGCUGAGAAACUUAAAGAUGACACAAAGUUCUCAGAAGCUGUACAGACUCUACUGACAUGGAUAGAGCGCGGAGAAGUGAACAGAAGAACCGCAAACAACUUCUACUCCAUGAUUCAGUCGGCCAACAGCCACAUUCGCAGACUGGUGAAUGAAAAAGCAACUCAUGAGAAAGAGAUGGAAGAAGCGAAGGAGAAAUUCAAACUUGCUCUUUCAGGGAUUCUAGUUCAGUUCGAGCAGAUAGUGGCCGUGUACCAUUCUGCCUCCAAACAAAAGGCUUGGGACCAUUUCACGAAAGCUCAGCGUAAGAACAUCAGCGUGUGGUGCAAACAAGCAGAGGAAAUUCGUAACAUUCAUAAUGAUGAACUAAUGGGUAUUCGAAGAGAGGAGGAAAUGGAAAUGUCUGAUGAGGAAAUCGAAAAUCCAGCAGAGAUGAAAGAAACAGAAGAAUCAGCACUGGUAUCACAGGUGGAAGCCCUGAAAGAAGAAAAUGACAGUCUGCGCUGGCAGCUGGAUGCCUACCGGAAUGAAGUAGAACUGCUAAAGCAAGAGCAGGGCAAAGCAAGCAGAGAUGAAGACACAACUAAGGAGCAGCAGCUGAAGCUCCUGCAGCAGGCUUUGCAGGGAAUGCAGCAGCAUCUUUUGAAAGUGCAAGAUGAAUAUAAAAAGAGAGAAGCUGAGCUAGAAAAAGUGCGAGAAGACAAACUAAAAAUAGAAACAUUAUUAGAAAACCUUAAGGAGCAGCAAAGUCUAGCAGAUGAAGAGGACAAGGAGAGAGAUGCGACUGAUGGUCAAGGGAAUGAGAGCAGUACAUCCAGGAUUUGUGCGUGCAGUCAGGAAAAGGAAUGUCCAGCUGAGAAGAUAUUGAGCAAUACUCCUGUGAAAUCUGAACGCGAAGCUCUAUUAGUUGGAAUAAUUUCAACAUUUCUUCACGUACACCCAUUUGGAGCCAGCAUAGAGUAUAUCUGUUCCUACCUGCAGCGGCUGGACAGUAAGAUCUGCACCACAGAAGUGGAAGUUCUCAUGACCCGUCUCCAACACACCUUUAAACAGGAGCUGAGUGGGGUUGGGGCAAGCCUUGAAAAAAGAUGGAAAUUUUGUGGCUUUGAUGAAUUGAAAAUGACCUGAGCAUCAGCCUGACUGAUCUUAAUGCUGAAAAACAACAGCAGAACAUGUGCAUCAAGAGAACCUGGGAUGCCUCUU